UGUUUCCUAAGUAGAUCCUCCCCAAUGACUCAAUCAUCCCAAUCAAUUUGCAAACUUCCCCAGAGCGGUCAAUUCUUUCCGUCCUGCAAUUAACCAGAGAAACAUCUCCCUGGUAUAGUCGCGGUCAAUAGCCGCUUUGAGAAGACGACGUUAUAGCACUUGUCCUCAGAUACAUGCACGAUGGCAGCAAACGCAAAACAACCCGCCGUCAUCACCACGGUAUCGGGCUUCGACCCUACGCCCCCGGCCCUACAGCCAGCAAGCACCACCACCACCACCACUGCUCCCCUUCCUGUAACUCCUCCACAGCGCAAGGUCAAAGUCAGGACAACGCUCCCCUUCUCGCCGCUGCCACCCCUGGCCACCCGGCAGCCCCUUGAGACCGAGCGCCUCAGGCUGGUCCCCAUCACGCAGGACCUGCUGCCCGACUACCACUGGAUCCGCACGCAGCCCGAGUACAUGGUCAACUCGCGCCAGGGCCGGCCGGACCGGGACCUGGCCGAGACGCAGAAGUGGAUGGACCGGUUCGUCCCGCCGGGCGACCAGCACACGUACACCUUUGCCAUCAAGAUGAAGAAGGAGCCUUCUGCGGCGGCGGCGGCGGCCGAGGGUGAGGAGGCGGCCUUUGAGAGCAGAGCGAUUGGCAUGAUGGGGAUCGUCCGCAUGAACCGCGGGACCGGGUGGCCGGAGAUCGGCUACGGGAUCAACAACACGCAUCAUGGCAGGGGGUACGCGACGGAGCUCCUGCGCGAGGUGCUCAAGUUCUGGUGGUCCCUCCCGAGAGAGGAGGUCGUCGUCGAGAUGGAUGCCAAGUACGUGUUUGGGACGGCGGAGGAUGGUGAUGGUGGGCAUGCAGCAGACAAGGCAGACGGUAUUGUCGUGGACAUGCCGGAGCGGGUCAUGGCGAUUGCCGACGUCACCAACCUGCCGAGCCUUAGGGUGAUGGAGAAGGUCGGCUUCACACAGUUUGCGAGUUUCGUCUUUGAGGAUGAUGAUCCGCCGUUGCCGGUGGUUGCGUCUUGGCUUCUCCGGCCGGCCUGAGCUCUACGUCUAGCGGUCUGCGUCCCUUGCCCAGGGGGGAGGGGGAUAACAGCAUCCCGAGAGACUAUUUCCAAGCAAGACAUCGAGGCGCACAUAAUCAGCCAAGCAAGCUCACCGCUCUCGCUUGUCACGUCAGAAGUAUAGACAAAAAGAGUACUCUGAGUGGCACGAGGAGAUGUAGCUGGGGAGUUUCAAGGUUUCUGCAUACGUUUCGAUGUCUAACAGAAGUGCUAUCAGCUGGAAACACCCUUUGGGACCAAUAUACUGCCAGUAGUCCAAUCACAAGUUCCUAGGUCUCGACCCACGAAACCGAUC